AUCAAAUUCUUUGUUGCUCAUCAUGUUGCAGCUCAGAAAACUUGAAUGUUGCGGGAAUGCAAUGUUUUAAAUUGACAGGAACGAUGCAUGUUUUCAAUUUGUCGAUAUAAUUAAAUAGUGCUCAAAAUGGAUGUAAGACAGUCUUUAAAUGCUGAUGACAAUUGCUCCGUCAUCACGGGAGAUGGGCAGCUCUCCUUCAUUGAAAAUGACAGCUUUUUUGCCAGAGCCCCCCCUCAGGCUGCCUCCACUGUGUGCCGGACGAAAGCCAGGAGAACCAUGCCCAUCGAUUCUGAAAUGGGUUCAUUCCUGGAAGAAAUGCCAUCCCAUUUUUCUUUCGAGAUUGGUACUCGGCCUAAGCUCUCAAACACAGGAACCAAAGCUAAAGAUAAGGGUGAAAUGCCACCUCCGAUGGAAAAUGUGGGCGAUUGGUCAGUGGUAAUAGAUUGGUGUAGGGAAAAUCUUGCACAAAAUGUAGAGGAGCCUGAGAUGGAUGGAAAGUCUUCACUAGGCAUUCUUAACUUGGAUGAUAUGGAUCUCUCAUCAAACCAUCUGUUGAUGGAUUCACCUAGAAUUGACCUGCCCAAACACGCCAUCAGUGACAAGAAAGCAAGAAUAAAUCUUAUGGAGGAAUAUAAGGAGAAGACUACCUCUGAAACUAAGAAGGUGGAAGAUAUGAGGCCUGUGCCAUUCAACAACAAUAGCCAAGUAUCGAACAACUCAAACACUAGAAAAUCGGAAAGUGCCUCAAGGCAAGGGAAAGACUCGCCUCAUUUGAGCGAAACGACGACCACCAAGCUAGAAGGCUCCUCCCAGCGAUUGGAUGGAUCAUCGCAGCGUUUUGAUGGAUCCUCGUCCACAGGUCAAGAUUUCAAGUCUGAUCAGCCGUUUGCAAGAUCACAGAUUAACACUGUGAAAAAAAACAUGUCUGUGCCAACAAAAAAUGAUCCCCCAAUGCUUGCGGCCAUCAGACAGUCCCUGUUUGGCCAAGGCACCAUAGGGGAGGAGGGGGAGGACGGAGAGGUGAGCGUGUACAACGUUGAGUUUGAGGCCGAGGAACUGCAGGGGCUCGACGACGACUUUGGGGAGAUGAACUGCAGUGUCGGUGGGGAAAGUGACGAGGGCAGCCCGGUGAAGACUCCCACUAACUCUACACCGAGGGCUGCGAGGUACAACAAGGUGGCUGCUGGUGCUGAAGGGUCCUCAGUCGAGGAGAUUGUGCUGGAUUCCAUUUACCUGCGGCCUGGUACAACGGGGGAAGAGCAGUCUCAGAGGAAGCUCCCCUACCUGAGCAAAGUCAGCCUCUUUGACGGUGGUAGUGGCAGUGGCAGUGAAGUAGACACAGAGGACGAGCUAGAACAGGCCAGAAAGGCUCAGGGAAUGAGACAUGAGGCAGCCGGUCAGGCCUGGCAACAGGGCACAUCUAGACCAGGAUUGGUAGGGGAAGAUAAUCGUUUUCCAAUGACCCAACGCCAGUCUGCGGAAGGUGACGUAGUUAACUCCCCUGUGCCUGGAGACGGGGGUGGGGGUGGUGAUGGAACCAGUGGAUCUGAUAGUGAGGACGCUGGUAAUUCUCGUCGACCAAACCGGAAUGCCCAGAAUUAUCAUGGCAGCAGACAAAUGUCCACAUUACAUGGCAACCAGGGUCAGAGAAUACGCCCUAUGGGAGAUGAUUUACUCUCUGAUCUCAGAUUCAGUAGAUUUCCUAGUUUUAAUGGGUCGCAGAUGGAGGUGGACAGUCGCCUCAGUUCCCGCUACCUGACCCCCGUCAGCCCCGUUGAGGACUCUCAGACAGCCGCCAGCUUUGACGUGGAUGAGAUCCUAGGGGCUGAACACGAGUUCGACCCUGGGAACAGGCUCGAGGCCUCAGGCUUCAAUGCUGAUGAUGCAUCUGCUCUGGGUCUCAAGGUCACCCAAGGGUCGAAUCCAUUCGCCCAGAAGUCCAGCUCAUUUGGCUCCUUUGGUCUCGGGUUGGGGCAGGGCCUGGAGGAGGGGUCCCUGGGAAGGGAUGACUCCGCCUUUAGUGUGGAGAUGAUGGGAUCCUUUCCCCGCGAGGACAGGUCUGCUCACGAAGUUGACUGGAGCCUCUUGCAGCCAGGCAGAUCCAGUUCAGGCAUUCUGGGCAGCCAGGAGGUGGACAGAAUGGCACUGGGAAACAGAACUGCUGCAUCUGGGAGUCCUGACAGGAGCAGUGAUGGCCCAUUCCGUCAGUCACAGCUGUUAUCUCGGCCCAACAUGGGCGCCUACCCGUCUACGAGUUACACUGCUCCAUCCCUCCCCACGACCUCUAGGGCACCCUCAACAGGGCAUGUGGCUAGUCAACACUCCAGUAUGAAUACUUCUGAGAGAGGGGGCAGGACUAGUGGAAGUAGUGAGACAUCGGGUCCAGAGUUGAAGAAGAGCCAGGAAAAUGCUGAAUUUGCUGUGACCCCAAGAGUUACAGUUUCCCAGACAUCAAGUAUUGCUGCCCGCUCAGAUGAUGUGUUCAAGAAGCCAACCAUGCCCCCACCUAAGGCCGCAAACUUCUCAAAAUCUGUGGUGCGACCCAAAUCUGCGCAGUCCAAGAGUUCGAACGUCAGCAAGAGCACCGACAGUGCAACCAGUGUGAAGUCCAGCGCCUCAAGCUACGUGGACCUCGAGUACCGCAUGUCACUCAGCGAACAAGCCUGCGCUCAGAGGGAGGGCUUGCGGCGUGUGCCCAGCUUUGGGGGAACUAGUGAGAUGGACCUCACAAUCAACGAUGAGGAAUUCUUUGGUGUCAAUGAUGCACAGGCUAUGUUAGAUGCAGAUGAGGUGGAGUUUGAGGAGGAGCACGUUAUUAGACAGGACGAUGCCAUGAAGGACACAGGUUCCCCGAAUGAUUCGUGGGCGUACCACAGUGUGAUGUCCGUGGCGCGCCCUUCCUGGAUGGAGGGUCCGGGAGACGAGGGGGCUGUGUGCGUCCGUAUCUCUGUAGGCAGCUACAUGAGGGGCCGAACUGAGGCCCUGGGGUCACUCAGUGGGGACGGCAACGAACCAAGGCCUGAGUUUGGUAUGAAGAUUGCUAGUCCCCCAUCCUGCAAGGAGCCCCCAGGUCGACUGAUUGAGGAAGAGGACUCUGUGUUCGAGUCCACAAGGACGUCUGGUGUUGGGGAAUAUGGAAUUGCUACCCCGAUAAAGGCUGCCAGUACCGAUGUACAAGAUCAGACACUGACCAUGGACUCAUUGACCGCUGAGUCUCCUAAGGCCCUUGAUUUUACCCUGUCCGCUACACUGCUGGGAUUCAAACCUAAUCUGAAUCCAGGGUCAACUGCGAAUGCCACCAAACUUAGCAUGGGUGAGCUGAGUAUGAUGUUGAAUAACACAGGGAUCAGUAUGAACAAGGUUGUAGGUCUGCAUGGCUCCAAAUCCUCCAAAACAAAAUUGCCUGAAACUCAUACAAAUCAAGGAACAGAGAGUAAGUUGUCACCAAUUGCAAAGAAAUCACCGCCAAAAUCUUCCCAGUUGCCCAUAAUGAAAGGUUCUAGCUUGAACAGAAGUUUUCCAAAGGUGGGAGAUAGUGAAUCUUCCAUGCUGAAGAGCGAACGUCCGCGUAAAGGAAGCAGUUGUGAUUCUAGAUUUAAAAGUGGCUCAGUUGGGGAUAGUGCACCAGAGGUUGAUAGGCCUAGUGACGUUUCUUCUGCGGAAAAGACCCCUAAAAAUACCUCCCCUCGUUUGUCCAAUCAAAGUGAAAAUGAUCUUUGGUCAUCGCCGAAUUCGUCUAGCUAUUGUGCCAACAAUACGGGACUUUUUGACAGACUUGACGAGUUCAAGUUUUCCUCAAAUUCCGGUGCUGCCCAGCAGCAUCCCAAUUUGAAAACGGUUGAAGACCGGGAGAAAUCCCCACCCGCUGAUGGUGAGGACAGACAGGCAAACAUCUCAACAAACAUUCUCAUGUCCAAACUCAAACCCAAGUCAGUGGAUGAAGAAAAGGCAACUAAAACGAACUUGGUAAAUAGUGUGAAUUCGAAUCCAACAAUAAAACAGAUAAGUGAUAGAAAGGUAUCAAGUGAUAGCACAGACCAGGGUAAGAAUGGUAGCAUGAUAGAUCAUGGCUACAUGCCCGGGCAUCACAUCCCCGAUGGGACGGCGUACAGCCAGCGGUCAGACUAUUCCCACAUGGAUCACAAGGGUCAGUCACGAGAGGAUGUGGCCGGGGUUGACGAUGUGGGACUCGCUGAGUCUCGGGGCUUUGACAUGCUGGAGAAGAAUAGGGGUCCCGGCAACAUGAACACACUUACUGGUAAGGGGAAGGAGAAAAACGACAAGGCUUUCCAGAAUGGUAAGCCUGUGGAUACGCCAAGCCAAGCCAGUAACAGACUGCAGAAUCUGCAGCCUACACAGAGCACCAGUCCAUUGAUACGCCCUUCAGCUGACGUUCGCAAAAGGUCCACUUCCAACAGCAAUUGUGACACCAUGGAUGGCGGACGGGAUUCUGUGGUGAAGACCAUUCAGCGGCAUGAAAGCUGGACACAAACAUCGUUAGUACUCAGGCAAAGUAUUGGUCUUCAACCAGAGCUAUCUGAUAAUGAUGCCAGGGGUGAAAAGUUUGACUCUAGUGGGUCAGGUUUACCUCCAAAGGUGCCAUUAUCAAGCUUUAAGCAUAAUCUCUUACCUCCGAGUGAUGCUGAAACUCGUUCCAAACCAAGUUUGCUGACAAAGAAAUCUUUGCUUGAUACUGACUUUGCAAGGGAAAAUCUUGGUAGGGAAUACAGCCGUGAAGUUCUCGAUAGAAUUUACAGCGCUGAUGCCCACGGUAGCUUCCAGUGUGUAGAGCAGACUCAACUCGAUGACCAUUUCAUGGCCCUUCACAGUCGGGAGUCUUUAGAAACGGAGUGGAAUACCAUAAGAAGGGAGACCGUGGAUACAACACGUGGAGAUUUUUCUUGUAUCAGUGAUAUUCACAUAGGGUUGGUACCCCCACCAACAGCUCAAUCUACUCCAUUUCCACCAUCAAUGGCCAAGUUAACAGAUUUUUCUACCACAAUUUCAUCAAGUAAGGUUUGCCCUGUGGAUGCACCUCCAGCCCUUAAGUUCAGAGAGGCCUGCUGUGUGGGGAUAUCUAGGAAGGAGCUGCUGCCCCUCAGGAACCCCACCGACAGAUGGAUGGAGUGUUUCAUAGAGCCCAAGAUCCUGGAAUGUGAUGGAAAGAGAAUGUCCCUGGAGCACUUCCCCUUUGAGCUGAGGCAGAGGAAGUUUAUUAUAGACCCCCACAAGACAUUUAAUGUUGAUGUUAUGUUCCUACCAAAGCGUCCAGGUGCUUAUGUAGCCCAGGUGCAGGUGUUUUCACUCUCGUUCCUGAAUCGCAGCCAGAUGAAGGAACGUGACGUUGUCCCUGUCAACAUCUCCUUUCAGGCUUUAGCAGAGGACCCGUGGAUCAAGGUGUCCUGUGAUGAUGGCCAGUGCAACUCUGUAGACUUUGGCGAGUUACUAUGGGGUUCUUGUGGUGAGAAGACCAUCUGUAUACAGAACAUGGGCCAGGCCACUGUACCACUCAGGCUGGCCAUCACAUCGAAUAAAGCGUGGCACUGCUUUGCCUUCGAGCCUGAGGGGCGGGUCUCCGACGUAUCGAUAAUCUCUGGUUGCCACCCACCAACCUCAGGUCAGGGUCGAAGCAUAAUAAACAUCAGUUUGCCAGGCCAUGAUCAACCAUUCUCCUACCAGGAGGUGAAGGUCUGGUGCAGGCCACCAGAAAAACAGUUCACCAAAGCUCUGGCCCGCCAGCCCCCCGAAGUGUUCAAGUGCAGUGUGGAUAUUGAGGUGGACACACCCUGCAGUCGCCAGCCAAAACUGAGCACCUUGCAUCUCAAGGCAACCGUAGGCGUACGCAAACUGCACACACAGACCAACCUCAAGGAGAUCCACAUCAGGUCUAGUCCCAAGGCUUCAGAGAGGACGACAGUGAGGCUGUUCAACGCUGGGAACCUGUCCUUGACUGUGUCCUUCAGAAUCAGUGAUCAUCGCGACGUGUUCUUUGUGUCGCCUACCAGUCUGCUUUUGAAACCACAUGAAGAUGGUAGCAUUGUCAUCACCUUCAAACCCAAUCUUGAUAGCAUGAAGAAGUUUGUUACGCUGUUGUUGAUGCUGCUGCAGCCCAGUGGCCCAGUGUUUGAGCUGCAGAUAGUGGGGGAGGUGCAGGAGGCUGUGCCAGAAAACCUUCAGCUGCUCUGUGAUACUACCACCCUGGACUUUGGUGGUGUGGCUCUGGGAAAAACAUGUGUGAAGCGCUACAGAUUGAAGAACAAUAACCCAACUCCUGUGCUGUUGACAGCCAAGGUGACUGAUUCGGAUAUCAGGUUGGCCCGGGAGGCAGAUCCAAGGGUCGUAGGAAGCGACACAUUAGACCUGGAGGUGUCCCCCACCCACACGCUGCCUGUCUAUGUGAUGUACGCCCCGUUGUCACGACAACACCUGAGGAGCAGGGUCACCAUGCGACACCCAGCAUCUGGCAAGUACACGGUAAAGAUCCAAGGGUACGGUGGUGUGAGCAGACUGCACUGCACAGAGGAGUGCCUGGAGACGACCUUUGUGGAAGGUCACACGUGUGUCACCGUGACCUCAUUCUCAAUGGAUAAGGUCAAGGACAUAUUCUUGAACAACCUUGGAGACCGUGCUGCAAGAGUGCGCGUUGCAGUGUAUGAAGACCUGAAGUGCACAGAACGCCUACUGUCUGGAGAGAUUAUUGUGCAGCCCAGUGAGUUAUCCCUAAUGGAAGGAGAAAGCAAGAAGAUGGAACUCGUUGUCGGAAUGAAAGAGGCAGAGUUCACUCGUCGGCAGGAACAGAAUUCGGUCGGGGCGGCUCUUUGCUUUGAAUACGUGGACCAGGUGGAGUCCAAUCAUCCAUUCAGGUCCAAGUUGAUAGUGGGUCUGGUUCGAGGUUUUGCCGCUAGUGGCACACCCACCACAACCACCCCCCUGCGCUCUGUCCGUCCUUACAGGCCUUCAUACUUCUCAGAGAUAGCGACAGAUCUCAGCAGUCGUUUCAGCACCACCAGCGACGACAUGACUGAAAGGUUUUCCCAUGGUACUGAGUCCUCAGUGGUAGAGAGGAUAGGGGGCUGGUCCGUGAAGCCAUCAAAACUAGUCAUUUACUGCUCAAACAGAGGUCAAGAAUUUGAGACGUUUUACAUCUACAAUCACAAUUCCGUGGAAAUAAGGUUUGAAAUGUUCUGGCCAGGUGGAAACCUGUCAUUGACUCCUGGCAGUGGAACAAUCUUGCCAAGAGAGAACCAGUGCAUCCGUGUGUACCCAACCACAUUAACCACCCAGAGUCCACCUUGGUCGGGUCAGAUAAUUGUGUCAGUUGACAGGCAGACAGAGAGCAUCCUAGUCGAGGUGAAACAAGAUGCCAGUGCAACCAAUCAAGACAUUCCAGAGAAGGACAACCGCAGUCUGGUUCCUAUUAGUAGCAAUGUUAACCUGUCCAGCGUGGGAACCAAUCGACUGGGCCACCUCGAAGUGUCCAGGACGGCUGUCCAGUUUCCGUCGACGAGGAUCGGCAAGUGUUCUGAGCAGACCAUUGACAUAUCAAACAUCGGGCCGGAGACCUUGAGAUGGCUGUUCUCGUCAUUUGCACCGCCGUAUAUGAAGAGGAAGACAGAGUCAAGUAAAGAUGUGUUCAGAGUGUCCUACAAGGUGUUUGACUUCUCCAAGCAGUUUGGGAAACUGAACGCCAAAGAAACCCUGCAGCUGACUGUACAGUUCAUGCCUCGGUCUGCGGGCACGUUCACCCAGUACUGGGACCUCCAGACCAGCAGUAAUGCGGGCCUUAGCAAGUCUACCUCCACCACCCAACACCCCCAGCACCAGGACUACAUAAGGGUGCACCUUACUGGAGAGGGCCAGGAAGAUGAUACAGAAACCCCUCGAGGGAAGAGUGAUGUUGAGAAUCUCUUGCCAAAGCUGCCUAGCAACAAGUACAGCCUGCGCCUGGGCCAGGAGCAAAUGGAGUUCCCGUGCAUGGAGCGAGGCAACCGGAUCAUGCUGAAGCUGGAGCUGAAGAACAACCAUAUGGAGGAUGUGAAAGUGGAGGUCACUGCGCCCCAGCCCCCCUUCCACGUCAACCACUCCAGCUUCAAGAUACAGAAGAAGAAGUAUUUACGAUUGCCAAUAGAGUUCCAGCCAACACGCCCAGGAAGAUUUACAGAUGUAGUGAAGUUCCAGAGCUCCAAGGGAGACAAUCUUAUACUUCAUCUGUCAGCAGAGUGUAGAUCAACACAUUUGACCUCCCUUAGUUAAUCUUCAGCCAUCAAGAAUCGUAAAAAAACAGAAUCUCAGGAUGAAAUAAGAAUGGAACAAUUUGAAUGGAAUUUUAAAAUAUCAGAAAAUGUAUAGUGUCGUUUUUUAAUGCCUAACUGAUUUUUGGACAGGAAUUUCUUAAUCGUAACUGUAGACAUAAAUGUUAUUAAUUGCAUACUGAAUUAGCUAUUACUGUGAAAUUGUAAUACCUGGUAUAUGCAAAAACACAAAAAAUAGUAGUCCUUCAAUAUUCUAAUUCAUCACACCAAUGACUUUUUAUUAAUAUAACACAAACAUGUUCUGCCUAUUCCUUUAAUUGUGAUUAAUAAAAGCAAUAUCUCUGUGAUAAAAAUAUAAAUGUGAUACAAUGUUAGAGUUACAUUUGCAAAAGCUGUGGUCUCAUUAUUUAUUGUUGGUCAUGUAAUAAAUUGUUGAAUUUUGUAGUGCACAUACAAGCCUGACUAAAUUUAAAAUUAAAAAACAAAGUGCAGGCAUAGUUCUAUAUUAUUGUUUAUAGUGUUGUAUGCAACUCGCGAUAAUUGUGUGAUUUUUGAUGUUAUUUAACUUGUAAAUGUAUUUCUAUUAAUGCAGUUGAUGUAUGUAAAUGUGAAUAUUAAAUCAAUUUUUGUGUUAUCAGACUGGUGAACCUAUGUGACAGCUAUGUUUCAUAGCACUGUGUGGUUUAGUGAGAAUUUCAAAUAGAUUAAUUGUAUUCUACAAUAGAAUUUUCUGUCUAGUUUCAGGUAAAAUUGGUAUUUUGAGCGGUAUAGUUACUUUUUUUAGUUUCUUUACCUUUGACUCCCUGUAAGCAACCAAUUGCUUUUGACGUGUAGUCAUUAUAGAUUGAUAUUCAGUAUACAAUCCAGCAUUGAAGUCUUGCCUAUAUAUAUGCCUAUAUAUAUAUAUGAGCCGUGCUCUGUGAAAGGGGGGGGGGGUAUACUGCAUGCAGUCUGCACAGGCUAAUCAGGGAAGACAUUUUCUGCUUUUAUAAUAUUUUCUGUUUAAAGAAAGUCUCUUAGCAAAAAUCCCGUUUAGGCAGAAAGUGUUGUCCCUGAUUAGCCUGUGUGGACAUGCAUUAAGUCCCCUUUUCACAGAGCGCUGCCCAUAUUCUUUGUGAAUCAUUGUAUAAAUCUUAAUCCUAUGUGCAUGUAAAUAGUUUGUAUUAUUAUCAUGUGGUACAUGUAAAUAGUUUGUAUUAUUAUCAUGUGGUACAUGUAAAUAGUUUGUAUUAUUAUCAUGUGGUACAUGUAAAUAGUUUGUAUUAUUAUCAUGUGGUACAUGUAAAUAGUUUGUAUUAUUAUCAUGUGGUGCAUGUAAAUUGUUUGUCUUAUUAUCAUGUGGUACAUGAAAGUAGUUUGUAUUAUUAUCAUGUGAAAAAUUAUCUUUUCAAAAUAUUUUCUCACAGUGUCUAUAAUGUACAUAUAUGUUUUUCAAACAGUACCAACAGGAUUCACCGUCAUUUGUUACAUUACCUGUGCUUGUAUUAUAUUAGCCAGACUUGCAUUUAUGACCAUGGCUAUUGUUUGAGUUUAUAUUAUGCUAGAAUAUUAAAUGCCUUAAACCACUUUUCAAUGUUGAACAUUUUGUUUCGUACGUGUGAAAUAAAACAAUUCAUAACAAUAAAUUAAUGUAUAUAAAUGUAGUACGAGUCCAUGCUGUAAUGUUUAAGUGUCAGCGCAGACAUUCUGGAAGAGUUUGUAAGGAAUGUUAUUACUUAGGGUUUUCAAUAUUUUUACCUGUUCCAUGAAGUAAUCUGUAUAUUUGCCCAUGAAUAAUUUUCAUGUUUUUCUAAAGCCUCAAACUUCAAACUUGUUUUAACUUGCGGCUCGAUGAUUUAUGACUGAUUUUAGACAUUUUAAGUAAACUUCAUACAUUUAUACUUUAUAUCAAGACCCUGCUUGACACUUCAUACCAGGUUUAUCAAUUUGUUCUCGAAUCAAAUUAAAGACAGGAAACAACAAGUUGUGUCCACCUUUCCCUUACAAUAACUCCUAUCUAAUAACCACCAUUUGUCUUUUCCCACAAACAUGCUAUUAGUUUGUGACAAAGCUAUUUAUACAUACUUGCUGUCUAGGUAUUAGAUUGCUGUAUGAAUAGUAAAAUAUUUUAACUUAGUACAUGUUAAUAAGUAAAUGUUUAUUAGCUAGUAUAUUUACUUUGACAUUGUACAACUAUGUAUGGACACAAUCUUGAAACGAAAAUAAAGAAUCCAACUUGUUUAA